CUCCUGUGCUGUGUCCGCAGUCUCUGGUCAUCUCCUGUGCUGUGUCCGCAGUCUCUGGUCAUCUCCUGUGCUGUGUCCGCAGUCUCUGGUCAUCUCCUGUGCUGUGUCCGCAGUCUCUGGUCAUCUCCUGUGCUGUGUCCGCAGUCUCUGGUCAUCUCCUGUGCUGUGUCCGCAGUCUCUGGUCAUCUCCUGUGCUGUGUCCGCAGUCUCUGGUCAUCUCCUGUGCUGUGUCCGCAGUCUCUGGUCAUCUCCUGUGCUGUGUCCGCAGUCUCUGGUCAUCUCCUGUACGCGAAAAAUACGGUA